AAGGGCCGAAACACAUAACGCAAACUGCUUAUUUUUGCGGCGCCGCAACGCCAAAAUCGGCAGUUGCGUUGCCGCGUUGCGGCGUCGCGAAACAGGGCAUUAUGGUAGGGCAACCAUUUUCUCGUGAUUUUUGAGUGUGGAUAGACGUCUCUCUGCGAUGGAUCGUAAUAAACUUAUUGCUUAUUUGUUAUUAAGAAGACAUUAUUCUAUCUUAAAAAUACGGCAAAGAAGAUACUGGAUACAUCCAUUAAGUAAGGGUAUGAAUCCAAAUGGCGAGUUCUUUUCUAAAAAAUACGAAGCAUUAAAGAUAGACGAAAAAAAAUUUGUUGCCUACUUUAGAAUGAGUAUAUCAUCAUUUGAAGAGCUAUUAAGCGAGUUAUCAAAAUAUAUACAGAAGAAAAAAAAUAAAGGAAGAAAACCAGUUACUGCUUUGGAAAUGCUGGGCUUAACUUUAAGAUUUCUAGCAACCGGCAGUGACUUUAAAACCAUGCAUACGAAUUACUUCCGAGGAGCAAGUACAAUAGCAAAAAUUGUAAGGACAGUUUGUCGCGCCAUAUGGAAACAUCUAUCAAGUCAAAAUAUACCUCCUAUAACAAAACAGGUUCUAGAAGAUGUCGCUAUUGAGUUUGACAAGAAAGCAAAUUUUCCUAACUGCAUAGGAGCUCUUGAUGGAGAUGAAGCAUUCUCAAUUUCGAAUAACGUCAUGCGCCCUUACUCAGGAAAACAUUUGUCGGUACAACAAAGAGUUUACAAUUAUCGACUGAGUCGUGCCCGAAGAUAUGUCGAGUGCGCUUUUGGCAUCCUAGCCAAUAAAUGGCGCAUAUUUCAUCGAUCUAUGAAUGUGCAAUACGAAUUUGCGACAGACAUUAUCAAGGCAUGUUGUGUAAUGCACAACUUUGUUUUGAAUCGAGAUGGAGUACAAGCGACCGAUGACAUUAUCUUUGAUGAUUCUGAUCUGCAAAUGUUGCAUUUGCCCACAGCAAAUGAAAAUAAUUUAAGCCCACAUCUAAUACGGAAUGAUUUUUGUAAUUACUUUUCCAGUGAUGUUGGCGCCCUAAGUUGGCAAUUAAACAAAAUAUGAAUGUUCGUAUACCUACUCAGUUCAAAAUACAAAUAAUACCUUAAUACAUUUGAUUCAAACUAUUUAACAUGUUGUGAACAAACAUAAAAAAAGCAUAUAUACGGUCGAACUGAGUAACCUCUUCCUUUUUUGAAGUCGGUUAAAAAUGUGUAUUUUAUUUCUUUUCUUUCAUUAUUAAUUAUUUCACUGUUAAAAUUUUCAAUAAAUGUGAUUUACUUUUGUAA